AUGGACGAAGAAAAUUUCGAUAAUUUGUUCAACUUUGUGCUGGACAAUGCUGUUAAUAAAUUAGAACCAUCACUACAUACACGUAAACAACGACGAUGGCGUGAUAAGAAAAAAGAUAAAUUAUAUUGUACUCAAAUAUCUUUGCCUCCUUUACUGAUUAAACAAAUUAAAGAAUCAAAUCAAUAUUUAUCCAAAACUAAUGAAAAUUUUGAAGAUGUUGCUGCUAAUAAUCCAGUUUUUAAUGAUAAUAUACUUGUUCAUCAUAUACUUAUGGAUGAUACAAACACUGAUGGUGCAGAUGCUAGUGGUACAUUAGAUGAUGAUACACAUACUAUUGGUACAUUUGAUGAUGAUACACUUGUUGAUAAUUAUAUACUCGACGACGAUGAUUAUAUUUAUAAAUUCAUAUGA